AUGAUAGGGGUCGCAAAAUGGCUAUACGUGGCUGUGACGACGUAUUUCCACAGAUUGAGCCCGGUUAGCCAUAACUAUCCUAUGUUGGUCACAAGGGAUAAUGGCACGAAUGGGAGUGUGUCGUCGCCUAUCACGUUGACUGUUCAGGAGUCGGGUGGGAAUCAGUCUAGUCCGCUGCUUUAUGGGGUUAUGUUUGAGGAAAUGGACCAUUCAGGUGAUGGUGGCAUUCACGGGCAAUUGCUCCAGAACAACGGCUUCCAGGGAGACAAUCCUGGCUUAACUGCAUACAAGCCCAUCGGGGAUGUCGACCUCAUGCAGGACAUGAUCAACCCAGUCAGCAGUGCCAUCACCUCUUCUUUGCAGGUAUCUGUAAACUUCGAAGCAGAUGGAUUCGUAGGGUUUGCCAAUACAGGGUACAAUGGUAUACCUGUGAUGAACGCCACGUACUCAUGCGAGUUCUGGAUGAUGGGUGAUUACUCAGGAACCAUUAUGCUACAGCUUGCUGGGUCAACAAAUGAUACUAUAUAUGCUUCGCAUAAUAUUACUGUCAAGAGCCUGUGGGGAAAGUUCACGCAUUAUCAAACCUCGUUCAAUUCCAGCGCGUCUCCUGAUGGUGACAAUGAGUGGCGCCUGUUGUUCAAUGGAUCGAAGAUGGCUGGCGGGACGCUGAACUUUGGGCUGGUGCAACUAUUUCCGCCUACGUAUAAGUCAAGGUCAAACGGGCUACGGAGCGAUGUUGCGACAUUCCUAGAGAAAAUACGUCCGUCUUUUCUCCGGUUCCCAGGUGGCAAUAAUUUGGAAGGACUACAGAUUGACAGCCGGUGGCAGUGGAACCUAACUAUCGGGCCCGUCGUUGAUCGUCCCGGGAGAGAGGGCGACUGGUUCUACCCAAAUACCGACGCGCUCGGCCUGGACGAAUAUCUCUGGUGGUGCGAAGACAUGAAUAUGGAACCCAUCCUCGCCGUCUGGGACGGCAAAUCAUACGGGGGCAUCAUAUCAGGCGACGAACUGCAGCCGUACAUCGACGACAUCAUGAACGAGCUCGAAUACCUCCUCGGACCCCCUAACUCCACCUACGGUAGCAUGCGAGCACAGAACGGGCGCAGCAAACCCUGGUCAAUAAACUACAUCGAAAUCGGCAACGAAGACGACUUCACCGGCGGAUGCGACACAUACCCAGAUCGCUUCUACCAAAUCUACAACGCCAUCAGCAACAGUUACCCCAACAUCACUCUCAUCGCAUCGAACAUCGACUUCCUCUGUCUCCCGAUCGACUCCCCACCCGGCCUGAUAUACGACUACCACUACUAUCGCAAACCAGACGACCUUGUCGCCAUGUUCGAUUAUUGGGACAACCAGCCGCGCACACAACCAAUCAUGGUAGGUGAAUACGGAUGUCGUGACACGGACAAGGCAGACGGUAUCUUCUGGUCCUCUAUGCAAUGCAGCUGCAGUGAAGCGGCGCAUAUGAUUGGGUUGGAGAGGAACUCCGAUGUGGUAAAAAUGGCGGCGUAUGCGCCGCUGUUGCAGCAUUUCGGGUAUACGCAGUGGUCGCCAACGCUUUUUGGCUUCGACUCUAGUCCCGACUCGCUGACUCCCUCGACGUCAUAUUAUGUCCAACGGAUGUUCUCUACGAAUAGGGGGGAUACGAUUAUUCCUGUGAAUACAACUGCCACAUUUGGACCGCUGUAUUGGGUGGCGUCGAGGACGAAUAAUACGUAUUUUGUGAAGUUGGCUAAUUACGGUCCGAAGAAUCAGAUUGUUCGGGUGAAGGUGCCACAUACGAAGACGGGGCAUGUAGAGAUGCUGUAUGGGUCGCAGAAUGCGACGAAUUACGUGCAUAAUAUUACUGUGCAGCCGACGGUGAAGAACAUGACUAGUUCAAGCGGAACGUAUUCGGUGGAUAUGCCACCGUGGGGAGUUGCUGUGUUGUCGGUGUCGUGA